AAUCGGUUUUUAACUGCUAAGACAUCAUCAUCGUAUCGUAUGGUCUGGAAAGCAGAAUGGCUGCGUCUCCCAAGAUAGGCAUCGGAAUUGGCUCCGCCAUGCCCUCUCUCUCUCCUCCUCCUCCGCUCUUCUUUCUCACCACCACGCCUCGCCUACGCCGGGACGGCGUUUCUCGCUCCGCCGCUCUCCGCCUCAAAGCCUCCGCCGCCGGCGACGCUCCUUCUUCUCCAGGCGAAAUUGUGGAGAAUUUGGUGAUUAUAGGCUCCGGACCCGCUGGGUACACUGCGGCGAUUUACGCGGCGCGGGCGAAUUUGAAGCCGGUGGUGUUCGAGGGGUAUCAAAUGGGCGGUGUUCCCGGAGGGCAGUUGAUGACGACCACCGAGGUCGAGAAUUUUCCGGGAUUUCCCGACGGGAUUACCGGUCCGGAUUUGAUGGAGAGGAUGAGGAAGCAAGCUGAGAGGUGGGGAGCUGAGCUUUAUCCAGAAGAUGUCGAAGCUCUCAAUGUAAAGGCAGCUCCUUUUACAGUGAAAAGCAGUGAACGUAAGGUUAAGUGCCACAGCAUCAUUUACGCGACUGGAGCUACAGCGAAAAGGCUGAGGCUACCUCGGGAAGAUGAAUUCUGGAGUAGGGGAAUCAGUGCUUGUGCAAUCUGUGAUGGAGCUUCUCCUUUGUUUAAGGGGCAAGUACUUGCUGUGGUCGGAGGUGGAGACACAGCGACAGAGGAAGCUUUAUACCUCACAAAAUAUGCCCGUCAUGUUCAUCUUCUUGUCCGUAGGGACCAAUUGAGAGCCUCCAAGGCAAUGCAAGAUAGAGUAUUCAACAAUCCAAACAUCACAGUGCAUUUCAACACGGAGACCGUCGAUGUGGUGAGCAACACGAGGGGACAAAUGUCGGGAAUUUUAGUCAGAAGAGUUGAUACGGGCGAGGAAACUGAGCUGGAGGCAAAAGGGUUGUUCUAUGGAAUUGGGCAUUCACCAAACAGCCAGUUAUUGAAAGGACAAGUCGAACUAGACAGCUCGGGUUAUGUAUUGGUCGAGGAGGGGACAGCAAAGACAUCGGUUGAAGGUGUAUUUGCAGCGGGAGAUGUGCAGGACCAUGAAUGGAGACAAGCCAUAACUGCUGCUGGAUCAGGAUGCAUAGCCGCCUUGUCAGCUGAGAGAUACCUCGCAAGCAACGAUCUCCUUGUCGAGUUCCACCAGCCUCAUACAGAGGAUGUCAAGAAAGAAUUCACAGACCGAGAUGUCCAAGAAGGCUUUGACAUAACUCAUACAAAGCAUCGGGGCCAGUAUGCUCUUAGAAAGUUAUACCAUGAGAGUCCAAGGCUUGUCUGUGUACUGUACACAUCUCCUACAUGUGGUCCCUGUCGGACCCUAAAGCCUAUUCUGAACAAGGUGAUUGAUGAAUUCGAUAGCCACGUCCAUUUGGUUGAGAUCGACAUAGAGGAAGAUCCAGAAAUUGCCGAAGCCGCUGGAAUCAUGGGAACUCCUUGUGUUCAGUUCUUCAAGAACAAGGAAAUGCUUAGGACUGUUUCUGGUGUGAAGAUGAAGAAAGAGUACCGGGAGUUCAUCGAGGCAAAUAAAUGAAGGAUAUCAUAUCAUAUCAAAGGAGACUUGCUUGUUCAAUUUUGUUAAUCCAAAAUCUGCUGUUACUGGAUCAACUCCAUUGAAUCUCAAUAAAGAAAAAAGAAAAUUUUCUCA